CAACUGGUUAUUGACAUUUCAGGUACCCUGAGACCACCUGGUUUAAUUGGAGGAUCAAAGCCAAAGGUAGCUACACCAGCGGUUGUCUCAAAAAUCGAACAAUACAAACGUGAGAACCCUACAAUAUUUGCGUGGGAAAUUCGGGAGCGACUGAUAUCCGAAGGGGUCUGCACAAAUGCCACUGCACCCUCAGUUUCCUCUAUAAAUAGAAUUUUAAGAAACAGAGCUGCUGAACGCGCAGCUGCAGAAUUUGCACGAGCUGCAAGUUAUGGCUACAUAAAUCCCCAACAUCCAUAUGCAAGCUUUCCAACAUGGCCAACAGCUUUACCACCAACACCCCAACUAUGGCAACCAGCCUCCGUUAAUCACGCUACAACCAUUUUGGAUAAACCGGUCGAAUCUAACAGCACCGAAAUGGAAAAUAACAAUUGUAAUGAUUGUGUUUCUCGAUUGUCUCCAGCUUCCAGUGGCAAUGACACUCUGGGAUCUCCGGAAGCCAACAGAAUGAUAGAUAUUGAGGGUGAGGAUACCGAUACUGAUGACAGCGAUCAGCCCAAAUUUCGUCGGAACAGAACCACUUUCAAUCAGGAUCAAUUAGAAGAACUUGAAAAGGAAUUUGAAAAAUCACAUUACCCAUGUGUAAGCACGCGAGAAAAACUGGCCUCUCGAACUGGACUGAGUGAAGCCAGAGUUCAGGUUUGGUUUUCCAACAGACGAGCCAAAUGGCGACGACAUCAACGUGUGAAUCUGCUGCGAAAACGGGACUCGACAUCGCCACAGGGGAAUUUUAUCAGCCAGCCACAGCACCACUCAUCCCCUGUCAACAACCCCGCGGACACGCAGUUCCCCCACAAGAUACCAUUACUUCUUUCGACGGGCACUCCAAGCGACAAUAUCCCGAACACGAUAUGUCACAAUGUCAGCAGCCAACUGGUCUCACUGUAUCCAGCGUACCACCAGCGAUCACUGUCCACACUGCACAGCGAUACGAUUGUCAAGCUCCCGAGUCCACCACCUUUAGCCAUGUCCACGCCAAACAUCACUACCAUCCAUACAAACAGCACACAACACAACAGACCAUCAUCGAGAGAAAUAUCCGACGUAUCUCCGAAUCCAUGUCUCAAGCAAGCGACAGUGACAGCACUGCAUCCAUCACCCACAGCAUCAGCUCCAUUAUUAAUGGGAGGUGAGCACAGUGCCUUUAAAACCCUUCACACCAACCCACCGGAUGCUGGCAAACCCCUCCAAGUCCAACGAUCACAACCCCAAACAUUUGUGGUAGCUACGACCCUUCCCAAGGCAACUACACAAACCAUUGACCUGAAAAUGUCAACAGUACACUCCCCAACCACGAUAUCCGAAAAUUGUGCAGUAACCGCACGAGAUAUACUUGAAAAUGGUACUGGCCACUAA